AUGGCGGCCUCGCACAGACCGCGCCGCCGGUCUGAUAUCAGCUUCGGAGGUCCUGCAGCAGCUCUUACUGCUGCGCCUCUAAAGUCUUCCGCCGCAGGAGAAGGAGAAGGAGCCGGAGCAGGAACAAGUAUGGGGCCCCGACGAGAUCCAUUCCGUGAGAUGAUUAUUGCGCCCCUGAAUCCUGCCUGCGCCGCCGCCCAACCGUCCCCGACAGCAGCAGCAGCAGCAGCACCUGACGACCGGCGGGCUCGCGCAGGCCGUCGUCCUGCCACCCCCGAGCGCUCUGCCCGCCGCCCGCGCCGCUCGUCGCUGCAGGUCUCCAAGGGCGGAGUGAAUGCUUUCUAUCCAGGUACUAGCUCGCCCCCAAUAUUUUUUAUGCUGUUGUUUGGUAGAGCUAAAAACGUGGGAUUUGCAGAUUCGCGAGAUAUGUCCAGCAACGGCUACUCGUCGUCGCCUGGUGGCAGGAGGCCCAGCACCCCGCAUCGGAUCCUUCUAGGAACGUGCUCCACGCCUCACUAUACCGUGAAUCCAACUUCCUCCCUGCUGCAGAACCUGAUCAAGGAACAACGCGCCGCCCGCGAUGCCAAUUGCAGCCAGCCCUCAACGCCCGUGGACUACGCGCAGAGCAUGACCGCGUCCGAGAAGAAUGGCAAGCUCCGCGCCGCCCUGGCGGCUGGCCUGAAGGAAUCGACGGAGAUGGGCGUGAGGGAAAUGGACCAGUAUGUAUCGAAAAUCAACAAAGAAAUCUUCGACUUGAAGCUCGAAGUCGUGCACCGCGCGAAACAAGCCGACGUCAUGAAACGAAAGCUCGAGCGCAUGGACCAGCUAGAAACACGCAUCAAACAGCUCGAGGCCGCCGAAUCGGAGCUACAGGACGCAAACGACAGACUACAGGAGGAUCUUGACAAGCGAAAUCGAGGCCUGGUGGAGGCGGUGGGCCUGAUAUGUGAUCUGGAGCGCAAAAUAGAGGAACUGAGCUUCCACUGCGAGGAAGAUAUAUCGCCGUCUAUCGAGGAGCCUGAUGAGGUCCACACCCCCACGCACCCGCCAAUGAUCGAGGUACCAGACCGAUCGUCGUCGCGGAAAGGGACAAUGUCGGCUAGAGCCCGCCGCUCGCGCGUGCUGCUUCCCCGGCGUACGCGACGGCAGCCGUCUUUCCUCCAGGAUCAGAGCGAGAGCACGAGCGCCCUGCGCAGCCUGUAUCUCGAGGACGCAAAUAAGUCGCAGGCCUUCAGUAUUUUCUCCGGGAAUGAAUCCGAAGAGCCGGAGUCUCCGCGGCUCAGCGCUCUCAGCGAAUGCAGUGAUUUGGACACCUCCUUUGGCCUCAUGAUGCCGACCAGACCAGAAGAAUCUGACUCUAUUCAUGACGAGAGCGCUAGCAUGCCGGCUCCUGAUCUUCCGACUGCUGUUCCCGACGAGGAUAUUGGCCGGAAGUUUUCUCGCAUCGAGGACUGGAUACCGUCGAGCGCGCCGAUUCGCGACGCAAGCAUCACGCCUGAGCAUGACACCCCAGACACGCCGACCAUAUCUCGAAAGAAGCCAAUUCUCGGAGCUGCCUUUGAAGCCAGGCGCACGACCAAGUCUUCGAUGCUGGAGAAACCCCGGAACCGGCCUACGUACGCCACGCGGCUGCCGCCGACCCCUGAUACCAUGAGCACGUCUUUCAUUGAUCCGCGAAACCGGUCGAACCCAAGCAUUAUCGAGGAACGAAGCAGAUACGGCCGAGGCGGCGCUUUUACCUCCCUCACUAGUGAUGAGUCUCUUGCUCGGCCUACAUCGGCUGGCAACAUGACGACUCGUCCUAAUACUGGCGAUACUGCGCUGAACGAUGACCCUGAUCCGUGGAAUCGCCACCACGCCGGUGCGAACGGCAAUGCGCAUCUUCAUAGCAUCUUUCCCGGCGCUGGGCGUGGUCGUCACGCAUCUGAGCCUCCGGCGGAUAUCUUCCACUUACACCGAGCAGAGCCUGGCGCCGGUGAUAGCAACAGACUCUGGGCCGAUGAAAACGACAGUCCCUAUAAAGUGCGCCCUGUGAACCGGGCCUCGAUUUGCGCCUUGUCGGAUUUAUCUCACAACCGAAGCUCGUCGAAUUCAGACGCCCUGUCCCCGCAAGAUUGGCUGGACGCCGCCUUGCCCAUCGCAAAUGACACCACUGCAGCACAAACUCGCGACAAGCCCACGAUCCGCAAAGUCAACGACCCGGCCCUCGAGCUCAACCCGCAUGAACCUGACCAGCCCGAAGCAGAGCUCCCCACACAACCUAUCACUCCCGCUCGACACGGCGCCAGCAGAGCUCCCAAUGCCCAAGAAGCCCCAGCCCGCCGCGGCCUGAGCUUCCGCCUCUUCAGCCGCUCCAAAGCCCACAACGCACCGGCCUCCGACCCCGUCGGCGCCAAACCUCCCGCAGCCUCCUCCUCCUCCUCCUCGCCCAAAACCGCCAGCAACAACCUACCUUUCCGCCGCCGCAGCAGCAUGAAAGCCAAACCCUCCUCCACCACCACCACCACCACGACGCCGCGAACCCCCGCCCCACGGCCCCUAUCCACCUACUCGAUCCCCGGCCCAGCCCACGCGCUCGACCUUCGCGCCGCCAACAGCCUAGAGAGCAUCAAACACGCCCGCCGCGGCUCCAGCGGCGGCGGCGGCGGCGGCCGCCUGUUCAGCUGGCUCAAGGUGCCCAAGGCCGGCACCACGCUCGAGAAGAACCCCGCGGCCCGCGUCGUGUCGCAGCCCGUGACGCGCCCCCACUCGGCGUGGGACUUUGCGCCCGACUCGACAUCGCCGGCGUCGUCGCCCGCGCGCCAGGCCUCGUCGCUGGGCUAUCGGCUGGCGGAUAGGUCGGCGGAGAGCGUGGCGGCGCAGGGUAAGACGCAGCAGCAGCAGCAGCAGCAGCAUCCGUUGUCGGGCCAGCUGGCGUGA